CAAGCCCCCUCAAAUACCUCGGAUUGUUCCCGGACAUCUAUGCGUAAGUGCGCUACAGCGAAAUGGCGCAUGUAAUCAACCUCAGUUUGAGACAUGUCGAAACUGUCGGAGCCCUUGGCGGCAUAAAAGCGCAUCUUCUUCAAGAGCCGCCCUUUGUAAGCCCGUAUACUGACGCACCUGCCAGUGCGCCUCUGACGCGUGAGGCGAAAAGCCCGGUGUAUGCUCGCGAUAGAAUCGCGCCCAAGGAGAAGCGUGGUAUAAGCGAUCAGGUAAAACCUCGCCUUCCAGGCCUUGACGUCCACCACCUGAUCCUCCUCGUACGGGCUCGCGUUGAUGGCGCCGAUGAACAGCAAGCUCGUCUGUCUCUUACCAAAGGAUUGGGAGCACUCCUCUUCCAGCCCGAAGUCCCCGAAUCUAUAUUUGCACUCCUGUAUCGGAUGAAUUGGUCUAAACUCAGCACCUCCUUCAACUCUCCGAGACUCGGCUCCUUUAGGUGGCCGGUGAGUUCCUGCGGCCGGAUCGUUGGAGGGAGUCGCCCUUCCGAAUAGGCCUCGUGAACCAGAGCAGUAGCGCGAACCUAUAGCCACCGUGACCUAAAGCAAGGUCGAAGAGCAGGAUUUCCUUUGGCGCCACGUGCCAAAUGAUCGAGGAGGCAUUGGCCUGUCAGACCGAGUACACUUGGCGGGACACAGAGACGAGAUUGCACAGCUGUUAAAAGCUGUCGUAAUCCCGGGAGUAUCCGAAUGAUAAUUUCUGGUGGGGUCGAGGUCGAGGAGAGGACGGUUUGGGUGGACAGCAUUGUGGACUCUUAGGGGAUGCCGAUGAGGGCGCAGUGUCCCUUUAUUGUGACUGGAGGAGUGCAGUGGUGAGUAGUUGAAUGGAUAUCCAGCCCAGAAUUUGCAACAGUCGCCAGUUACUCUUAAAGAUUGAUGUCAAUGUCAAAGUCGGCUGGGAGGGAGGGAGGAAACCAUACACGGAUGUUGAAAUU